AUGCCCCCAACCCCAACCCCAACCCCAACCCCGGGCCACCACCACCACCACCACCUCCUCCUCCCCCCAAACUCCUCCCCCACAACCCCAACAGCAACAAUCACCACCCUCCUCAUCCCCACCCUCCCCCUCCCCAACACGCCCAUACCCUGGCCCUCUCAGGAACAUUCCCUCAUCCGCACCUUCCGACACCGCCGACGGCAGCACCCUACCGCCCCGACGGGGUUCGGGGCCAUCUACUACGGAACUCGGUAUGUGCGGGUGUAUCGCGAGGUAAGGGGUCCCGCAGAAGAUCCCGAGGAUAUCACCAGGGUGGUGGGAAGCGGCGGCGGCCACGCGGAGAUGGUGCGGUAUGGAUUCCCGCUGGCCCAGCACGGGCAGCAUUCGCAGCACCACCCAGGGACAACAACACCGACGACGACGACGACGACGCUCGAUCUCACGGACCCCAGGCAAGCGGAGAUGUUGCGGUGGUGGGGGCAACAGAUUCCCCCCGUGGAGGAGGGGUUGGUGGAGCGGUUGAUGGAGGAGUUUGUUUGUUGGCCUCGUAGUCCUAGUCCUAGUCCUAGCUCUACUUCCACUCCCAGUUGUGGGCGUGAUGCAGACGGGAAAGGGAUUGAAGAUGCGUGUAGGCAGGAUCGUAGUGUAGCAGGCGUGGCUCAAGCCCAGUCCCCAUCUCCGGGAGUCAUGGGGGUCAAUGCCAAUGCGAACGCUGCAUCAGAUGAAUCCCCGGAACCGGAAACCGCCGCCCAUGAUCAUCAUCCUCUACCCAGUAUGUUCCCCGAGGAAGACACGACUCUGGAAGACCGGCAAUGCGCAUCGCCACCGUAUCCGCGACCGCCGCCGCCGUCGAUGGCCGGGUCCCCCGGGCCCAACGGCGGCGGCAUUGGCAUCGGCAUCGGGGCGCUCUGGGCGGGCAUGGCCACGCUGAGUCCGGAGCGGACGACCAUCUUCCUGAGGGACGAAGAGGAGGGCCCGGAUGCGAUCUCGCCGCUCAUCGAUCGGCUGGAUCCGCUCACUCCGUCGCUGAGUGUGGUCACCCUCCGUAGUAUCGGGUCUCCGCUGAUUGCUCUGACGGCCACUCCGUCUCCGCCUAGGUAA